AUGGCCACUAUUGGCGAUGCGGCACACGAGCCGAGCCCAGGCGCGCCACCGUCUUUGGGCCGUUCGAGCAGCAACACAUUCACCCAGGAUGGCAACAAGAAGCAGUCCGACAUGGCAAACGCCGACGAUAGCCCCGAGAAGCAACCCGACCUCGGGAUGAAUCUCGCGACACCCUCUGCUGCUGGAGCGCCCAGCCCCCCUCCUAACGGAGGCCUCGUCGCCUGGCUCCAGGUCGCGGCGGGAUUCAUGCUCUUCUUCAACACUUGGGGCAUGAUCAACACGUUUGCUGUGUUCCAGACAUACUACGAGUCCGGUGUCCUCUUUCAGCAGUCGUCUUCCGACAUCUCCUGGAUCGGAUCCAUCCAAUGUUUCCUCUUGCAGUUCGCCGGGCUCAUCGCUGGGCCUAUAUACGACCGGGGCUAUCUCCGCCUGCUCCUCGUCACCGGAAGCUUCUUGAUCGUGUUUGGCUUCAUGAUGCUCUCUCUCUGUACCGAGUUCUGGCAGGUGGUACUUGCGCAGGCCUUUUGCAUCGGCAUUGGCGCUGGACUGCUCUUCACGCCAACCGUGUCACUGCUUCCGACGUAUUUUUCCACCCGAAUCGGCCUGGCCAUUGGCAUCGCUUCGUCUGGCUCAUCCUUGGGGGGCGUCAUCUAUCCCAUUGCCCUCAAUCGUCUCAUUCCCGAGGUCGGGUUUCCUUGGGCUGUGCGCAUCAUCGGUUUCAUCGCCCUCGCCGCCUUUGCUCUCCCGCUCUCGACCAUGCGCAUGCGCGUUCGUGCACCCAAGCCUCGCGCCUUGAUUGACUGGUCAGCAUUUCAGGAUCCGCCCUUCAUGGUUUUUACUCUUGGACUGCUCGUUGUCUUCAUUGGAAAUGCAGUUCUUAUUUUUUACAUUUCAUUCUACCCUCAAAACCGCGGCUUCACCGACACUUCGCUUGCAUUUUACAUGGUUGCCAUCUUCAACGCCGCGUCUGUCCUGGGUCGAAUCGCCCCCAACGCCCUGUCCGACCGAAUUGGCGUCUUCAAUACAAUGGCACCCAUUACAGUGUGUCUCGGCAUAUGUGUCAUUUGCAUGCUGGCGGUGCAGAACAAGGCAGGUAUCAUUGUCGAGGCGAUUUUUACCGGUUUUCUUAGCGGCGUUGUCGUGGCGCUACCUCCCGUCUGUUUCCGCAUGUUGACGGAAAACAAGUCCAUGAUUGGUACGCGUGUUGGACAAGGUUUUGCGAUCGCUGGCUUUGGACUCUUGAUCGGUGGGCCCAGCGGUGGUGCCAUUCUCGGCCGCACUCAACCGCUGGAUUGGACCGCCAUCUGGGUUUAUGGAGGAGUUGCUGCGAUUCUUGGUGGUCUUAUCAUCCUGGUUGUGCGAGUGAUGAAAGCUGGCGUUGCUGUCAAGGUCAAAGUUUGA